GCAGAUCUCUGUAGAGGUUAAAACGGCCAUAGAGUGAGCUGACCCUUGUGGAUAAGCUGCUCUCUUAGUCGCUGGUUCCCCAUUCCGGGUUUCACUUCUCUCCCGUGCCCGGGACACAGGAAGAAACAGCGGACAGAAGAGGGAGCUCGAAGGAAGAGGCCGCAGCUGAAAGCCGGAAGGAGAGCUAGAGAGAGACUAGGCCCCAAAUGUUGGUCACCAGGAAAGGAGGAGGGGACUGGAGCUGAGCUUAAGGAUGUGGCACACACGACUACUGGUCAUUGCACUCGCUUCCAUUCAGACAUGUUGUAUAUCUGGAAAGUUUACUUUUCUCCGUCACAUGUUUAAAGGUGUCAAAGUUUCUACUCCACCAAAGGUAGAUCCUGGAAAACCCCUCUUUCUCACUCCUUACCUGGAAUCUGGAGAAAUUGAAAAAGCUAGGGAAUUGAGUUUAGUGGGCCCUCUAGAAGGUCCAGCUGUGAAGAGCUACUCUGGAUUUCUGACCGUGAAUAAGUCCUAUAAUAGCAACCUUUUCUUCUGGUUUUUCCCUGCACAGACACUCCCACAGAAUGCCCCUGUAUUGCUGUGGCUUCAAGGUGGCCCUGGAGGCUCAUCAAUGUUUGGGCUUUUUGUUGAACAUGGACCAUAUGUUGUCACUAAAAAUCUUACAUUGAAGGCACGGAAGGUACCAUGGACAUCAAAAUAUUCAGUGCUGUAUAUUGACAAUCCCGUUGGCACUGGCUUCAGCUUUACUGACCAGGAUGAAGGCUAUGCGCAGAAUGAAGAUGAUGUGGGAAGGGACCUGUACAGUGCCCUUAUCCAGUUCUUCCAGAUAUUUUAUGAAUAUCAGCAGAAUGAUUUCUAUGCUACAGGAGAGUCCUAUGCUGGAAAGUAUGUGCCUGCAAUUGGUUACCAUAUUCAUAUCCACAACCCUACUGCCAAAGUAAAGAUCAACUUCAAGGGAAUGGCCAUUGGCGAUGGACUGAGUGAUCCCGAAGUAAUGUUAGGUGGUUAUGCGGAGUUCAUGUACCAGAUUGGGAUCAUCGAUGAGAAACAAAAGCAGUACGUCCAGCAGCAGACAGACAUAGGAGUGCGUUACAUCCAACAGAAGAAAUGGGUGGAAGCCUUUGAAGUGUUUGAUACUUUGUUGAAUGGUGACACAGUUGAAUAUCCGUCCUUCUACAAGAAUGUCACAGGGUGUACCAACUAUUUCAACUUUCUGCAGUGCACGGAACCUUUGGAUCAAAAUUACUUUGGUGCCUAUUUAUCACAGCCUGAAGUGAGGAGCUUUAUUCAUGUGGGAAACCUAACCUUCCAUGAUGGAUCAGAAGUGGAGAAACAUCUUUUGAAGGAUAUUAUGCAAUCAGUAAAGCCAUGGGUAGCCAUAUUAAUGAAUAAUUAUAGGGUGUUGAUGUAUAACGGACAACUUGAUAUAAUUGUAGCAGCUCCUUUAACUGAACGUUUUCUGCUUACUGUGCCGUGGUCCAAAGCUGAGGAAUUCAAAAAUGCAAAGCGGCACUUUUGGUUCAUCAAUCCCAGUGACACUGAAGUGGCCGGCUACGUUCGAAAAGUUGGCGACUUUUAUCAGGUAAUUAUACGAGGUGGUGGACACUUAUUGCCGUAUGAUCAACCUGAAAGGGCAUUUGACAUGAUUGACCGUUUCAUCUCCAAAAAUGGACAAUUCUUUUGAACUGUAUUGUGGAAUACAGUCUCUUUUUUUUAGUUUAUUAUAUCUUAUGCUUUAAAUGAGACAUCAAAGUGUGAAAGCAUGCAGAAUUUCCCUAGCAUAUCUCUACAGUUAUUUUGUGGCAUGAGAAGAGACCUGAACUACAUCAAUGCUCUGAUGAAAAGUCAUCAACCUGAAACGUUAACUUUGCUCUUCUCACCAUAGAUAAUGCCUGAGCUGCUGAAUACUUCCAGCAUUUUCUGUUUGUAUUUUGGAUUUUUAGUUUCCACCUUACUUUCAUUUCAGAUUUCCAGCUUCCACACUAUUUUGCUUUCAUAAAAGUGUAAAAAAUGUGUGAUUUGAUGUAAUUUUUAUAUCAGUUCUUACGAGAUACGAAAUGUGAUUGGAGAAAUAAAUGCCUUCAUAUUGCCAA